AUGCACUUCGCUGGAGUUCUUGCGGCUUCUCUCGCCGUCGUCGCUGCUUCUUCUUUGGAGCUGGUCGACCGAGAAGUUGGUACAGCGUCAUACAACUGCCACGAUAACUGCGGCCAGGCAAUGUUGGAAGCCGAAAAUGGCGAUGUUUGUAGCGACUCCAUCUUCCUGACCGACUACGCCGCUUGCCUGUCGUGCUCUGGAGAGGACAACCUCGACAUCUGGAAGUACUAUGGCCCGUCCUUGACGAGCGCCGCCGCUGAAUGUGGACUUGAGACGACCCCCGCCGCCGGAGCGCAGAGCACCACGGUGCAGUCCGCCAUUGCCGCCGAGACGGGGGCUGCUGAGACGACUGCUGCCGCCUCCACGGCUGAGGUCGCGACUUCAUCUGUUGCUACAUCCGCUACUACGUCUGCCACCGCCCAGGCGACAGCCGCUGGAUCCGCCGUGGCGACUUCGACUGGCAAUGCGACUUCGACCGCCCCCACAAGUGUUGUGACGGCCGGUAGCUGGGCACAAUUCGUUGUGAAUAUGCCGCUGUUGAGUGCAGUUCUUGCUUUCUCGGCUGUUCGGGCCAUGGCGAGCUUGUAA